AUGAUUUAUUUAUCAGCAUCAGCAGUACCAGCGUCUUGCCUGCUCGCGGUGUGUUACAUCGGAUGCAACCGAGGGGCGGCGGUGGCUCUCAUGGCGAUCGGGGUCACGUGCAUCGGUGGCAUGUUCUGUGGUUUCCUCUCCAAUCACAUCGACAUCGCGCCUAAUUUUGCAGGUACUCUGGUCGCCAUAACAAACACCGUUGCUACGAUCCCCGGAAUAGUGGUCCCCAUUUUCGUCGGUGUAUUGACUCAUGGAAAUCAAACCAUUUCAGCAUGGCGCAUUAUUUUCUUUGUGACAAUUGCACUGUAUAUAAUUGAGAUUAUAGUGUAUUCCAUAUUUGGUUCUGGCGAACAACAGUCCUGGAACAGCGAGCCCGAUCAUAAGAUAGAGACCAGCCCUGAAGAGAAGCCUCUCAAGGAAGAAGAGAGAACUCAUGUUUAA